GGUGAAAGCGGGGCGGAGUGGGCCCUACCUGCCUGCCUGGCGGGGCUGGGGGAGGUUUCCUGUCAGGCAGCGGCUGGGCUUUGCUAUGGGGGUGAGCUAUGAGGCUUCUGUAUCGCACGCAGGGCCUGUCCUCUUAGCGGCAGCAGGACCUCAACUGCCACGGGAAGGCGCGCUGGGCUCGCCGGGCUGCCCCGCGGCCUGCCCUCACCUGCCCGCCUCGCCGACUGCGGUGCCCCGGCUUUGCCUCCCUCAGGUCCGGCAGAAGGAUAUACGAGGGGACUGAGAAUGGCUCCCAAAGAAAGCGAAAAAUUACCUCCAGGGAGCAAACCUGAAAGUUGUUCUCUUCCACUUGUUGGAAAGCAAAACUGAAGAUCUUCUCAGAAUAUUCUGCAAGGGUCUUUCUAUAAUGCUGGCAACAGAUGCUAUAUGACUACUAGUGAUGGCUAAGUAUUUUGCUUCUGUACUGCUGAAAGGGGAUGAAGCAUUCAGACAUGAGUCACCUGAUCAGUCCAAACAACACAAUAUCAUAUUAGUCAGUAUAACAGCAAAAGUGGCCUCUGUUUGGGGAAAAUGUUUUAGGUGGAUGGUGUAGCUAGCUACUGGGUGUCUAAAGCAGCCGUGGCCACCAAGAAUCUCAGCAAUGAACUUGGGCAAGGAAAAUCUAAUGUGUUUGUAAAGUGGUAUCACAGUGCAGGUCUGAUCUGAUGAAACCACAACCAAUGCCAAUGCCUGCCUACGAUGGGAAGAGAACACAGACCACAAACUUGGGAUUGCUGGCCUCUUAUUAGUUGGGAUGAAAGAUGGCAGCCACAAUCCCUAACCUCAUCUCAGAACUGCCAGAGGAUAACUGUAGAAACCACUUGGGCUACUGCAAAGUCUGACCACAGGGAUGGGCAGGCUGUUUACAUUGCAGAAGAGCUGAAGAAUUCUGAAAUCAAAACUGAAGAGGCGUUUCCAUGGUUUGGAAUGGAUAUCGGUGGAACAUUGGUUAAAUUGGUCUACUUUGAACCUAAGGACAUUACUGCAGAAGAAGAACAGGAGGAGGUGGAAAACCUGAAAAGCAUUAGGAAAUACUUGACCUCCAAUACAGCCUAUGGUAAAACUGGCAUUCGUGAUGUUCAUCUUGAACUGAAAAAUUUGACUAUGUGUGGACGCAAAGGAAACCUGCACUUCAUCCGCUUUCCCAGCUGUGCCAUGCACAGGUUCAUACAGAUGGGUAGUGAAAAGAACUUCUCCAGUUUGCACACUACGCUCUGUGCCACAGGAGGUGGAGCUUACAAGUUUGAGGAGGACUUUAGAACGAUUGCUGAUCUACAACUCCACAAACUGGACGAAUUGGACUGUUUGAUCCAGGGCCUCCUUUAUGUUGAUUCUGUUGGUUUCAAUGGCCAACCAGAGUGCUAUUAUUUUGAAAAUCCUACAGAUCCUGAACGGUGCCAGAAAAAGCCUUACUGCCUUGAUAAUCCAUAUCCUAUGCUGCUGGUUAACAUAGGCUCAGGGGUCAGCAUCCUAGCUGUGUAUUCUAAGGACAACUAUAAGAGAGUCACAGGAUCCAGUCUUGGAGGAGGAACGUUCCUGGGCCUGUGCUGUCUGCUGACUGGCUGCGAGACGUUUGAAGAAGCACUAGAAAUGGCCGCAAAAGGAGACAGCACCAAUGUGGAUAAACUGGUGAAAGAUAUUUAUGGAGGAGACUAUGAGCGAUUUGGCCUUCAAGGGUCUGCUGUAGCCUCAAGCUUUGGUCAUAUGAUGAGUAAAGAAAAGAGAGAUUCCAUCAGUAAAGAGGACUUGGCCAGAGCUACUUUGGUCACCAUCACCAACAACAUAGGUUCUAUUGCUCGCAUGUGUGCAUUGAAUGAGAACAUCGACAAGGUGGUAUUUGUUGGCAACUUUCUCAGAAUUAAUAUGAUUUCUAUGAAGGUGCUAGCAUAUGCUAUGGAUUAUUGGUCAAAGGGACAACUGAAAGCUCUGUUUUUAGAACAUGAGGGUUAUUUUGGAGCUGUUGGGGCUCUUCUAGAAUUGCUUAAAAUGACAGAUGAUCAGUGAUGAAGCUGUCUGAAGAGAUUCCUACUGCAGAUGCUGCUGGAUAAGAGUGAAAGCCACUACAAGGAUGGAAAUGAAGCCAUUAUGGUAGUUCUACCUGCUGGAUUUGUAAAUAAUUUAAAAUCCUUUUAACUGACCUUUAACUUCUGGGUUUUGAGCUUAUACUUCAGAAUUCAUACUGGGAAUAACGAGAUUUUUUUUUCUGUACACUGUAUUUUUUAGGGGAAAAAUGUGCAAAGUGGCCAAACAUACAGAUUUUAUGGAUUUAUUUUAAAAAGUGGAUACUGUUUAAUGUAGGACCUGUGAUAUGAGGCAUCUGCUUUUCUUCUGGGGUUUACUGAUUAGUGUGUUAAUUUUAACUUUAUUUAGUAAUCACUCUAGGAGAUAUUUUUAAUCUUAUUUUCAUGACGUUUCAUGAUUUGUUCUUGGUUUCAAAUGAAACUACAAAGCUGAUGCAUUUUACUGUGAAAACUAGUCAUUGAUUUUUUUUUUCCUUUCCUUUCCUCAUUAGAUGAGACACUUUUUUUUUAUUUAACAUCCCCCACCCCUCUGGAAAAAUAAAUUUACAAACUUCCUGUGUCUACAUGGGUUUCUUGGCAAGACUGCAAGAAAACUUGGUGGGGGUAGGGGGUUUAAGAUUGUAAUUUUUCAGUAGUCAUGACUUGCAACAGGAACAGACUGCUAACUGGUUUUGUAGGACUAAUUCUCCUCUAUUUUAAGAAUUUUUAACAAGAUGUGGACUAAAAUUUUAAUUAUUGGCUUGACACUAAAAUGAAACCCUGUUUCUGUUGAAAAUCUCUGAUCUAUACGAAGAGUUCUAUAGUACAGACCUUAUUUAUAUGGUACAUACUUGCUGUUAGGUGACAAAGGGAGAAGAUUGUUUUCAUUUCUUUGAAGACUUUUCUGUAGUCUGCAGUUUUUAACUUAAUCAAAACCAACUGAUAAUUGCAUUAUUCAAAGCCCAGUUUCUAAAAUUACGAAAAUAUUGACUAAUGUAUUUUCUGGUUUUAAGCUAAUGUUAGCUUUCCCUCCUGUUUAUUCCAAUGCAGUAUUUUUUACCUUUUUUGAUUUGUGGACCUCUCUGGGUUUUUUUCCAGUUGAAUUGAGACUCCUUUGAAAUCUAUGUACUUAGAUUGCUGCGUAGCACGUGUAAAGUUGCUUUUCUUAGAUACUAUGAAGGCUCACAAAUCAGAGGCUGAAAACCAGUCCAUAAAUUAUUUUGUCUUGCAAAACUGUAUGUGAUGUCACAUAAUGUAAAGGGCUCAUCAGAAUGACAGUAUAAAAUUCAGACACAUGUAUUAUCCAAUAUAUUUUUGGAAGGGGGUUUAUUUCACUUUUUUAUAGUCAUUAAUUUCCAUAUCUCCCAAAUGUUGAAAUAAAUUAAUAGUAACUGAAAUGUUAACUUGUCUGAUGGAAAUAAAGACCACUACUGUUUUGAC